AUGACAUCUUCAGAAUCAAAUCCAGAUCCGGAAUCCAAACCGCAGUCGCUCAGAUCUAAAUCGGAAGAGUCUAAUUCUAGUACAGCAUUGCAUGCAGCCUCUUACUAUGGUAAUUAUGAGAUUGUUCGAUUAUUGUUAAGUCGUGGUGUUAUUCGAUCAAUUUUAAAUAAAUAUCAAUGUACACCGUACGAUGAAGCUGCUAAUGAUGGUAUUAUAGAAUUAUUUCAUCGGCCAGCCGGUGGUCAAUAUUGUUUCGGUGGUAAUGAAACGGCUCGCAUUCAAUGUAUGAAAGUUGAUCCAAAAAUUUUGGCACGGGCAUCCACUAAACGAUCGGAUUUAAAAGCUGCAUGGUUCAAUAUGAAAGAUAUUGAAGGAUGGGAAAGAAUUGAAUUUUGGUAUCAAAAAGCAAAAGAAGAAAAUAAUCCAAUUUACCUUGUCCAAGCAUAUACAGCUGGAACAGGUUAUUAUUUUAGAUUAAACACUCACUUGGCUAGUGAACAUUUUGCCGAUGAUUUAAAAAAAACGAAUACAAAAUCAAACGGAUAUAAAAGUCGACAUUGGAUAUUAAAUAUUGUCAUGUCACAUCCCCUUCUUGAUGAUUACAAUUUUAAAGGUAAAACAUAUCGAGGAAUGCAAAUAAGUGACGAGGGUUUAGAACAGUAUGCAGUUGGUAGUUAUAGAAUAUUCAGAUGA